UCACUCAAAGUCUUAUAAAACCCAUUUCUCAACACACAGGCUCUCAGAUUCUUGAUUAUUCUCGAGUCUCAAUUUUUACAGCUAUAAAAUAUUUUGUGAAAAAUAGUCGUAAGCGUCUUCGUACCCGCGUACGCACGCACGUGUCAACUCUCUUUGAAAUCUUCUUCGUCAAGAAAAGAAACUCACAUUACUCACGCCCUCUCUCAAAACCUUUAUAUAAAACCCAUUUCUCCGCCCAACACAUUAGAUCCCAGAUUGUUGUCUGAACGGUUCCUUCCAAGUUUCCGGUCAUGAAACUCGACGAAGAAGAACUCCAACAAAUCCCAGCCUUAGAUCUUCACAACCUCGAAGUGAUCUCGGCCGUCGGUCGAGGAGCCAAAGGGGUGGUGUUUCUUGCGAGAGACAAACCCUCCGAGUUGUUAGCUCUAAAAGUAAUUUCCAAGUCUUUGAUCGAGAAAAAAGGCAAGAGCGACGUCGUUAAUGGAAACGAGUACAGGAGGAUCUUUUUCGAACAGGAAGUACUACGUCGUUUUAACCACCCGCUUUUGCCGAGGUUGCGUGGAGCUUUGGCCACCCAAAACGUCGUCGCUUACGCCAUCGAUUUUUGUCCCGGUGGGAACCUUAAUUCUUUGAGGAAGAGACAGACCGAGAAAAUGUUCUCCGAUGAAGUCAUUAGGUUUUAUGCGGCAGAGCUAGUUGUGGCAUUGGAGUAUUUGCACAGUUUAGAAAUAGUGUACAGAGAUUUGAAGCCAGAAAACGUUAUGAUUCAAGAAAACGGUCACAUAAUGCUAGUAGAUUUCGACCUCUCCACAAGAUUUUCCCCUAAAACCCCUCGAUCUUCCCCAAAUUGCAACCCAGUCCCCAAGCCCGAGUUGCCCAAAAAGAAGCGCUUCUCUCUACUAAACAAGUUUUUCUGUAACACGGGCAUUGCGCCGAAUGAUGACUCACUGCCGAGUCGAACGGCAAACUCGUCCGAGUCAGAGACCGAGUCCAAGUGCAACUCGUUCGUUGGGACAGAGGAGUACGUGGCACCCGAGAUCGUGUCAGGGAACGGUCACGAUUUCGCAGUGGAUUGGUGGUCGCUUGGGGUUAUGCUUUACGAAAUGUUGUACGGUACGACGCCGUUUAGAGGGUCGAAUAGGAAGGAAACGUUUUAUCGGAUUUUGUCUAAGGAGCCGGAUCUCGUUGGGGAAACGACGUCGUUGAGGGACUUGAUUGCAAAGUUGUUGGAAAAGGACCCAAAGAAGAGAAUUGAUGUGGAAGGAAUCAAGGGUCAUGAUUUUUUUAGAAAGAUUGAGUGGGACUCGGUGUUAAGAAUCUCAAGGCCACCUUUUAUUCCAGGAAAUGAAAAUGAGGUGGGCAUGGAGGGGAACAAGAAAAUUGAUGUGGAAUUAUUUGUCCAAGAAAUAUUUUUUGGGAAUAAUAAUAAUGGUGAUGUAAAUGAAGAAGAGAAUUUGAGCAAGAAGGUGUGGGUGGAAGAAUUGAAUCAGAAACCCAUUGAGAAUGUUGAUACUUUUCCAAUUUUUUGAUUUAAAAAAAAUAUUAUUAUUAUUAUUGAUUAUGAUUUGUCGGAGGGAUCAUAUAGUGUGUUUGUUGAAUAUUUUUAACUGUAGAUAUAGAUGAUGACAUAAUGGCACAUGUAAGCUUUUAAAGUUUUAUUCUCAACUACAAUUUUGAUGUAUAUAAUUGAGAAAUGCUAAGUUGAUAAUACUUUUACAAUAAAUUUUUGAUAGUGAAUUGUAAUU